ACCACCAUGCCUGGUAGAACCUUGUACAUUUUAACCUGGUAUUUAUUUCUAAGAAUCCCUCCCAAAGGUAGCAAAAAAGUUCUAGAUAAAUAAAAAACGAUUUAGUGCCUAAUGGCCAGGUGGGCUAUAGGGCUGCAGAUUUAUUUACAUAGGGAAAGGAGAAUCAUUGGGGAAAUCUUGUAUAUAUGCCCUUGGGUGGAGAGCCAGGGGCCUAGAGAAUACAAUAUGGUUGUACUCUCCAGCUUAGACCUGUGGUUAGGACUAAGAAUACUGGAGGAGAGAGAAGCUGAAUACACAUGUUAAAGCCCUUUCAGAAGGAAUAUGAUUAAAUCAAAAGGCACUAGACAGUGAGAAGAGCUGGGUGUGUUUCCCACUUUCACAUCAAGCCCCCAUGUGGAGAUGUGAGGGUAUGUUGACUGCUGUGUGGCAGUGAUGUGGCUGCUACCUAGUGGAGAUCUGAGGGAAGUGCGUAGUGUCUUGGUAUCCAUGGUUAUGAAUUUGUUGUAAAACACAUGAGAGAUCCCUCCUGGAAUUGCAUGCUGGGGAGAAUUUACAGGUGUCAGGUCUGUGUUGUCAAGAGGAAGUCAAGAAGUAGAAUAAUUUAAGUACUGUAGUUUUUAUGUCCUCAUCCAUAGCUAUGAUUUUGUCGUGUACCUGGACCUUUGGUUUGCAUGGAGAAGUGCUCAGUUGUAUUCUGUCAAGAACCAAUGCUCCUCUGGGCCUGGGGAAUGUGUGUCUGUGAACCACCACAUCCACAGGUGGAGAGACAGCUAUUCCUCACAUUAGGAUACAAUUAAUUAAUUAUUUGAAUAGCUCUGUGCAUAAAGUGCACAGGAACAUAGACAACAUCCAGGACUUCCUAAGGACCCAGCACAAGCUUCCCAGAAGACAGGACAUUUUGUUGGAACUUGGAUGUCUGUAGGAGUAUCCCAGUAAGUUAGAGAUGUGGAUAGCAAGGAAUUUGCUGUGAGAAGCCUUUAAGCUGUGGAAGUGACACUUGGGGAUGGGAGUGAGGAGCAAAGAGACACUGGGCUUCUCAUCUGGUCCCCUUGGUGAAUGUUAGUUACAUCAUCUAUCAAAAAGAGAAUCUGGAGUGGGGAGAAGAGUUCAAGGUUAGGGUAUGACAGUCUACUCUGGAGAAGAACAAAUGGAAAUGAGGGUCAGGUGUAUCUAGCUUAGUUGUUAUUUACAGCCCUUGAGCUUUAUUAGUCAAUAUCCCUAAUCAGUGAUCUCUUCUUAAGACUUGGCUCUUUGAAAUCAGAACUUAUUGAAUUAAUAGGCCUUCCUCCUGUCUUAUCCUUAUUAGAUUGUGUGUUUUCACAGAGGCUCUGCUGCACCUGGCCCAUGUGAGCUCUUCCUGGAAGUUAAGUGGUGGAGUCCUGAACACCUGCCAGGCAGCCUUGGCCUGGGGAUUUUGGAGUCAUCAUUAAUGGACAAUGUGUUCGGGUUCCUGAGAGAAACUUGCCAGUUAAUCCUGGCUGAGUCUCAGCAGUACCCGGGAGAAUCCACCUGGAAGAAGGAAGAGAACAACAGCAUGAAGAGGGAGAGAGAACAUUUCAAUUCCUGGGACAACCCUCAUGGCCUGGUUGGUUUACACAACAUCGGACAGACCUGUUGUCUUAACUCCCUAAUUCAGGUAUUCAUAAUGAAUUCAGACUUCACCAAGAUAUUGAAAAGGAUAAAAGUGCCAAGGGAAGCAGGAGAACAGAGAAGAAGUGUUCCCUUCCAGCUUCUUUUGCUGCUGGAGAAGAUGCAAGACAGUAGGCAGAAAGCAGUGCGACCCAUGGAGUUUGCCUACUGCCUCCAGAAGUACAAUGUGCCACUGUUUGUCCAGCAUGAUGCUGCUCAGCUUUACCUCACAGUCUGGAACCUAAUUAAGGACCAAAUCACUGAUAUGGACUUGGUAGAUAGGUUGCAGGCCUUGUACAUGAUCCGGAUGAAGGAGUCCUUGAUUUGUCUAGACUGUGCCAAGGAGAGUAGCAGAAACAGUAGCAUGCUCACUCUCCCUCUUUGUCUUUUUGAUAUGGACUCAAAGCCCCUGCAAACACUGGAGGAUGCCCUACGCUGUUUCUUCCAGCCCAGGGUGUUAUCCAGCAAGUGCUUCUGUGAGGACUGUGGGAAGAGGACACAUAGCAAACAGGACUUGAAGCUGACCCAUUUGCCCCAGACCUUGACCAUCCACCUCAUGCGAUUCUCCAUCAAGAAUUCACGGACAGAAAAGAUCUGCCACUCACUGUAUUUCCCCCAGAGUUUAGAUUUCAAUCAGGUUCUUUCAAAUGAGCAAGUUCUCGGUGAUGCCAAGGAACAGUCUGAAGGACAGUUUGAACUCUUUGCUGUGAUUGCCCAUGUGGGGAUUGCUGACUUGGGUCAUUACUGUGCCUAUAUCCGGAAUUCUGUGGAUGGAAGAUGGUUUUGCUUCAACGACUCCCAUGUUUCUUGGGUGUCCUGGGAAGACAUCCAGUGUACCUAUGGAAAUCGUAAUUAUCGCUGGCAGGAAACAGCAUAUCUUCUGGUUUACAUGAAGACUGAGUCCUAAUGGAUAUUUAUUCUAUAUCUUCAGAGAUUGACAGACUAUCAUUUUCCUUUCCUAUUCUUGGAUCUAUUGACUCUUGUACAAGAUUUUACAAUGAAAAACUUUCCAACUGUAUAGUUACAUGUUAUUUAUAAUCAGGUGGGGAUUAUGUUUUGGAUCUGGUUUGUCUUUCAAAGGUUCUUGUGCUGGAGACUUGGCCAAACAUGGCAGUGUUGAGGUGGUGGAAACUUUUUAAGGGGGUGGGGCCUGGUGGGAGGUAAGUAUGUUCAUUGUUUUUCCUCUUCUUCAUGAUGAUGGUUUCCUUUCACUUCUCAAACAUAUUCUGAUUGCCAGCUUGUUGGCAUCAUGCUGAUAAGACCUUCCAGUCACCAGAAUGUGAGCUAAAUAAAUGUCUUUAUAAAGUA